AUGAACAAAUUUCAGAAAUUCUUGAUAAUUUUUGGUGGAUUUGUUUCGUAUAUGUUGGCUGAUGGAUAUACUUAUUCAAUGGGUUUAUUAUACUCAGAGUUAAUGAAUGCCUUUCAGCUAAGUAGUGCUGAAACAGCUAUCCUGCCGGGCAUGAUAUAUGCUAUGCCCCAAUUUUUUGCACCUUUUCUAUGCCCAUUAUUGGAUACGUAUGGAUUUUCAUCAGGUUCUGCAUGGGGUGCGGUUUUACUGUGGAUUGGAUGCUUUACAUCAUCAUUUGCAAAAAGCUUUCAUGUUUUGUACUUUACUCUGGGUAUACUGACAAGUAUAGGACUUCAGUUAACUUAUCUGUCUGCGCUGAUGUCAGUUACUGCUCAGUUUGAAAACAGCUCAUUCUUUGGGAUAACUGUGGGUAUUACUAUGUGUGGUUCAGGUGUUGGCGCGUUUGCAUCAAAUUAUCUUCUAGCCUGGUUUUUAAGCAUUUGGAAUUGGCGGGAGGUGCUUUUGGUCGAAUCAGCCAUACUCUUGAAUAUUCUAGUUACGGCGUCGUGUUCUCAUCAUUUAGACGCAGAACUGAGUUGCAAGUCAUUGCAGAAACAGAAGCUGGAUUGCUCAGUCAGCAGACACGAAGGAGGAAACUGGACACUGUCAGUCAAAACAGAAUCCUGUUCAAGUUAA